AUGGUCAAGGCCAUUUUGUUCAUUGGAUUAGACAAUACAUAUUUAAUUGUAUUAAGUAUUUUUCAGUGCACUUUACAAGACUCAUCAUCAGUUGAACAACAGUCAACAUUGUUUACUUCCGAUGAUUCACACAGUCAUUCUGUUAUGUCAAAGUCAAAUGUUUUGUCAUCAAAAACAACAACACAAAGUAUGAAUUCAACAUUAACAUCCUUCUCAUCGAAUCCUCCAUUUGGGUCAUCAAUUAUGAACUCAAAAAUUGGGUCACAAAAACCUACAACAAAAUUCACAACGGCUCAUACCUCACCCAGUUCAAAAUAUAAAAGAAAGCGACCAGUUCUUAUUAUGGUUGCUUAUGAAUUUACAUUGAAUAACAAUAAAAGAGCAUCAACAACCACAACAACCUCAGGACCACCGUAUGAACUUUGUACAUCAGGUUCAACAGUCUUAUAUGAUAAUCAAUUUAUAUUUGCACUCAAUGGUGCAUAUGCUGCUGGUAUGAAAAAUAAUUAUUUUGGUGUUUAUUAUGCAUCCGGAAAUACGGUUGAUGCAGCACUUUGGACAGCACCACAAACAUCAGCACCAUCAGAUGCUUGGUUCGUAGCAAAAGGUGACCGAAAUUUGGCAGUUUAA